GGCCCAGAACGGAAGGAGUGAUCCACAUCUGAGAAACGCCCCUGGGAACAGGAAUCCACCCUCCACCACUGACACCAUGACCCAGUCGUGCUGCUCCCCUUGCUGCCAGCCCACGUGCUGUGAGUCCAGCUGCUGCCGGCCUUGCUGCCCCCCAGUUUGCUAUGAGGCCACCCAAACGACUUGCUGUCGGACCACCUGCCGCAAACCGACCUGUGUGACCACCUGCUGCCAGCCCACGUGCUGUGAGUCCAGCAGCUGUGGACAAACCUGCAGCGGGUCCAGCUGCGGACAGCCCUGCUGCCAGCCCUGCUGCCAGCCCGUUCGCUGUCAAACCACCUGCUGCAGGACCACCUGCCUCAAACCCACCUGUGUGACCACCAGCUGCCAGCCCACGUGCUGUGAGUCCAGCAGCUGUGGACAAACCUGCAGCGGGUCCAGCUGCGGACAGCCCUGCUGCCAGCCCUGCUGCCAGCCCGUUCGCUGUCAAACCACCUGCUGCAGGACCACCUGCCUCAAACCCACCUGUGUGACCACCAGCUGCCAGCCCACGUGCUGUGAGUCCAGCAGCUGUGGACAAACCUGCAGCGGGUCCAGCUGCGGACAGCCCUGCUGCCAGCCCUGCUGCCAGCCCGUUCGCUGUCAAACCACCUGCUGCAGGACCACCUGCCUCAAACCCACCUGUGUGACCACCUGCUGCCAGCCCACGUGCUGUGAGUCCAGCAGCUGUGGACAAACCUGCAGCGGGUCCAGCUGUGGCCAGCCCUGCUGCCAGCCGGCUUGCGGUGCCGCCGUGUACUGCCGCAGAACCUGCUACCACCCCACGUGCUUCUGCCUGCCGGGCUGCCUAGCCCAGAGCUGUGGCUCCAGCUGCUGCCAGCCUUGCUGCCGCCCUGUCUACUGCCAGACCCCCUGCUGCCGCCCUCGCUGUGUGUCCACCUGCUGCCAGCCCUCCUGCUGCUGA